AUGCUUAUUAGUCAGGUCUGCAAUAACUACCGCCUUCAGCGUACCCUGUUUGCAACCAAUAAGGAAUAUGAGGAAGAAAAAAGAAACGAAAAGGAGACGCAUGAAAAGAAGCUUGGGAUUCUCAAGUAUUUGAGCGAGUCUGUCGAUGGAACGCCAGCUGUGAAGCCUUGGUGGUUUGUUGCCCCCGACCGUGGGAAGAAGAUUGAGGGAAACAAAUGCAACUUGAUGUUGGAUGAGGUGGACGUAAAGCGGAAGCAAAAAUCCGAUCCAUUGUUCCAUAUGAGAAAGGUCGAGGAGGAAUUUGCGCGAAUUCGUGAGGCGAAACAAGCUAAAGAAGCCAAAGAACGUGCUGCCGCUGCUCAAAUGGUGUCUUCAUGUUCUUCGCUUUUUCCAAACGACAUAAAAGCACCAGGCCUGAAGCGACCACACGCUGCCAUCGAAAAAUACGAAGCCGAAUCUAAAUCUGAAAAGCGAAAAAGGCUAGAAAAGCUGCGCGCAGACCGGCUUUCACGGGAGAGGUCAGAAAGGGAAAGAGCCGCGGUUCUUCUCUGCAGGUCAAUGGGGCUGUCGGCUUCAUCCGUAGAAGCCGUAGAAACUCCCAUACUGGACGAGAGGCAGCUUCCAUUCAACUCCGCCUUCAACCCUGAGCUUUCCUCGCUGGCCGCGGAGCGACGAAAUGCCCAUCGGGAACGGCGGACCUCUAAGUGA